AUGUUCAAAGGGCAGAGGAAAGUGUCGAACUACCCGACUACGCUGAACACGCCCGUUUCGAUCCAUAGGGUGGGUAAGCCCAAGCAUGUAUCCAAGGAUGAGAUACUGAGUUUCUUGGACACGUUCAUCACAGAGAAGGAGGCCGUGGUGGAUACAUCUGUAGGAAAUGCUGGUGUUGCUGCUACGGCAGGUUCCGAUGGGGCCCCUGGGUCUGUGGCGUCCCUGACAGGUUUGAUCACGGUGGACACUAACUUGACAAGUGCAGUCUCGCAACUGAGAAGAAUCCAGAGAGACUUCAAGGGGCUGCCCCCAGCUGCAUUGACCAUCACACCACCACCUACAGCGGAGAACAGUAUACCAAGGGAAAGCGCUACUACUGUCGUUGGAACCAAGAAAACGUUCUCCGAUGAGGACUGA